UUUUUCCACAAAUGUUAUUAGAAUUAAAAAUGCCAAAAGGAAAAAAGAAAGAAACUGCAACUCCAGCACCUGUGGAAGAAAAUAAAACAGCAGGUGAAAUUGACAAGACACUUCCAACAGAACGUGAACUCCAGCUCAAAGCUCGACUUGACGCCAUUACGAAUCAACUUCAUACUAUGAGAACAGAAAUUCAGGAAUUACGUGAAGAGAACGAAUUUUUACAACAGGAGGCACAGCAAACCAGAAUUGAAACACAUGAGUAUUUGACAUAUAUAUCAAAGAAGACACAAAAGCGUCAAUCCGCUGUGAUCACUUUGAGCGAACGCAAUGCAGAAAAGAUUAAAGAAAUACAAGCUAAAAAGGAUGAGAUGAUUGAGAAAUAUAAUAAAGAAAAGAAAGAUCUAGGCGAUGUUAUUUUGCGGAAAGAAGCAGAGCUAAGUAGUAUACGACAAGAAUUGGAGCAUUUACAAGACUACAAGGUUUUGCAGGAAGAGCAGCAGUCAGAGAUAUCACGACUUGAAAAACGAGUUAGCGAAAUGCGUAUUAAGAAUAAUGACGCUGUGCAGAAACUGAAAGCGAAAUUUCUUGAAGAAAAAAAUGAAUUUCACAAUCAAUCUAAAGAGAAGUUGAAAGAAAUUAGUAGAGAAGCAAAGAAGGAGGCGUAUCAAUGUCUACACGAGCAUACUAUCAAAAUAAAACACCACAAUCGAGCUUUACGACAAGAACUCAUAGGUUUGAUAAAAAGAACACGCGCUCUACACAAACAUAAAAUGGAGCUAGAAGAACAACGCAAGGUGUUACUGAGAGAGCAAUCAUACGCGAACAAUCUGCAAUUGCAGCGUAAGGAGAGAACAAAGAAUUUGUAUGAAGCGCAUGGUUUUAAAGGUAACAAAGAAAAUGUGGCACAACUCACUUAACCCUUUGAAGAAUACCAUUAUGUACUACCCUAAAAGAUGGUUUUGUGUAGGAGACAAUAACUUUAAGUUAAUUAAAUUUUGCGAGGUUAAAAAAAUGCAUUUUCGCGAAUGAGCCAUUUUAAGGUUUUCUCUGCAGAAUUAUUUUAGCGAAUCUGCUAGUACUUUUUUGUAGAAAAGAAAGAAGUGAAUUGUUUAAAAAGUUUGCGACGAUUAAUUUUAGCAAAAACUGUUUCUCUGGUAAUUUCGCGACGUUUAGUCGCGAAUUGAUCUUUCCAGAAUUUUUUGCGCGAAAAUUAACGAACCUAAGGAUUGGAAAUGGCGUUAAUUUUGCAACACGCUGUAGGCCUCCGCUCGGCUUUAAACGAUUGAAACAUUCUAAAAGUCAGGUAAUGUCAACGGAAGAAAAAAUUCUAUUUCUUUGAAAACAUAGAUAAAACGUAUAGUAAAUCUUCUUAAGAUUAGUUGGAUUUGCUUUCGUAUUUUUUUGUCUAACCCUAUUUACAACCGGGCUUUUGAAAGUUACAUUUAAUCUGUUUAGUCAAAGUGACACAACGCCACCCAGGUUUGCAAAAGUUAACGCCAAGGAAAUUAUAAGACAAGCUAAUUGUGGCCCAUUGUUAAAAACGGGUAGUGGGUUAGUGUGUCUAAUGAGAAUUUUGUUUUAUUUUGUACCUCAUGGUUUAAACUAAUAUGCAUUUCUACAUGCCAUAAUGUAAGGAUUAAUCUUUUAACCCAACAAAUAUUCCACCAGCAAAGUUUAUAUAAUUCUUAGCUUAAAGUCUUCUUCGGAUAGAAACAAAAAAUAUAACAAAAAAAACAAUUAGCAGGAACUAACAUAAUUGAAUUUCCGCGCCCGAAGGCGUAGGAAAUUCUUUAAAACCGUCGUUUUUUUUCUUUUGGAGCAUUUUUUGAGAAAAAAUCGACCCUGGGAUUUCACGUUGACGGACACAGAUGCAAACUUCGUACCCAAGCUCCUUAACUACUGGGAAGUUUAGCAUUGACGCUUCAGGCCAAAAUUGGUAUUUGUUUUCGAUAAAAUUUGGCACAGUUAACAAAAAAAGUAUGCUGAACAUAAUGGUGACAUAAUAAUUUUGAUUUUUGUCACCUAAAUGUCAUUUUAGGCCAAAAUUGGUCCAAAAAUUAGAACUACUUUAUUUUCAACAAAAUUUGGAACAGUUAACAAAUAAAGUAUGCUGAACAUGAUGGUGACAUCAAAAUUUUGAUUUCUUCUUACCUAAAUGUCAUUUCAGGCCAAAAUUGGUCCAAAAAUUACAACUUAUUUUUUUUUAAACAAAAUUUGGCACAGUAAACAAAUAAAGUAUGCUGAACAUGAUGGUGACAUCAAAAUUUUGAUUUUUUGCCACCUUAAUGUCAUUUUAGGCCAAAAUUGGUCCAAAAAUUAAAACUACUUUAUUUUUGACAAAUUUUGGCACAAUUAACAAAAAAAGUAUGGUGAACAUGAUGGUGACAUCAAAAUAUUGUUUUUUGCCACCUUAAAUGUCAUCUUAGGCCAAAAUUGGUCCAAAAAUUAAGACUACUUCAUUUUCAACAAAAAUUGGCACAGUUAACAAAUAAAGUAUGCUGAAAAUGAUGAUGGUACAAAAGUUUGAUUUUUUGUAACCUAAAUGUCAUUUCAGGUCAAAAUUUAUAUAAAAAUUAAAAUGUUUUAUUUUCGACAAAAAUUGACACAGUUAAUAAAAAAAGUAAUUCAAAAUUUUGAAAGUUAGUCAAAAUUUUAAUUUUUUGUCAACUAAUGCCGUUUAAGACCAUAAACAUUUCAAUCGCAAGACUCUCAACCAUGAAUGAUAGGCUGUAUUUUUUGUUAGCAAUCUCUUUUAAAAUGUGAGUUUAUUAUGACACGCUUCGUUUUGUUUGCGUUUGUUGUAAGAUAUAAUGUCACUGGUGUGCUUUAUCUUCGGAGGUUCAUGCACCAAACCCCUUCGAAUGUUUGGCACAAUAACACAACGAAUUAGCAGGUUUUCAUCAAAUAUUUUCGUAGCGCGCGGAAAUUCUUAGAGCCCCCAGGGCUUCUUGUUACAGUGUGAUUCCAUCGUGGGUUUUUUUUCAGUGAGUUUGUUCUUGCUUUUAAGUAAAUAGACCCAAGAAAUUGAAAUAUAGGGUCUAUAAAUUUAUAAUUUUUAUAGUUAAUAUAUUUUGUUGGUUGAUGUUAAUUAUUUGUAAAAAGUUAUUCUUGUUUAAUAAUUUCAGUUUUUUUAAACAUUUUUUCGUCAGAUUUGCUAUUCACCUUUUUCUAUCUCUCUUAGUACCAUUUCGAGACUUCAUACACCCCUGUAUUACUUAGGCAUAUGUUAGGGGAAAAUGUCACCCCCUGCAACCACUUUAAACUAACGAGCUACAAAGCUUUACACAGUCGUAAACAAUUUAACAACGUGUAAAGAAAUUUAUGAAUAUGGUUUUACGAGACAUGGUUGCUUUUCCUUUGUACAUUGUUAAACAACUUGGUUUUACGGAAUUUUAACAUUUUUGUGCAUUGUUAAAAACUUUUCCAAAGACAAAAAGUACUCUCGUUUGUGCAUUAUGAAUUAUAGGUUGUACGGGACAUAUUUAAUAUUGCUUUUUAAGUUGUUAAAAACACUGUUCUGCUAGCCAAGUUUUUUUUUCUUUUCUGCAUUUAAAAAAUACGGUUCUGUCGGACAUGUUAGCAAAGCCGGGUUUUUUCUUUUGUGCAUUAGGAAACAUGGCUCCACAAAUCACGGUUACUUUUCAUUUGCGCGUUGAUAAAAACAUUGUGUCAUAGUGCUCCUGCUAAAUUAAUUGUAAGAGGGGUUAAAACCAAAAAUCCACCAACCCCUCUUUUUAGUAUCUUUCCUAUUUAUCCAGAUCUCCCUCCUUAUUAACCCGCCCUUUCAAUUAGGUUACAAAAAGUAAGGUCAAAGGUUACGUUUUGUUUGAAUUUUGAAAUAAAGGUUAUAGCGGACAUAGUCAAUUCCCCUUUUGAAUUGUUAAAAAUCUCGGU